UAGGUCCCCCUGAACAAAACACACAUACACACAUGCAUACACACAUACGCAUACACACAUACACACACAUGCCCCCGUUUGAAAAGAGCUGAAUAAAUGAGUCACUACCACAACUCCCACAUCAAUAACAGUUGGACCAAGAUGGCGGCCGAGGGAGAGUACGAGUCGAUCCUGUGCGUUAAACCCGAUGUCAACGUUUACCGUAUCCCGCCGCGAGCUUCAAACCGAGCGUACAGGGCAGCUGAUUGGAAGCUCGAUGCUCCAGACUGGUCAGGUCGAAUGAGGAUCACAGCCAAGGGCAAAGCGGCCUACGUUAAACUGGAGGACAAAAUCUCAGGGGAGCUGUUUGCCCAGGCACCAGUGAAGGAGUAUCCUGGUAUAGCAGUGGAAACCGUCAGCGACUCCAGUCGCUACUUUGUCCUGCGGAUACAGGAUGACAACGGUCGCAGUGCUUUCAUAGGAGUUGGUUUUGGUGACCGAGGGGAUGCUUUUGACUUCAACGUGGCUUUGCAGGAUCAUUUCAAAUGGGUGAAACAAGAGACCGAACUCAGUAAAAAUGCCCAGCUUGGGGAUUCAGGACCAAAGCUGGACUUGGGCUUUAAGGAAGGGCAGACCAUCACACUCAACAUAGGGCAAGGGAAAAAGAGGGAUAAGCCCCGCUCACAAGGAUCGGGUGGAUUUGGACUUCUCCCACCACCACCUGGAGGCAAGAUAGCCCCUCCUCCUUCAUCAGGGUUAUCGAAUCACAACAUCGUCCCACAGAUGGGAAGCACAGCGACAGGCUGCCUGCUGGAGCUGGACAGUAGUAACUCCAACACAGUGGUUCAGUCAAACACUAGUUCAGAUCUUCUUUGGGGAGAAUUUUCUGCUCCUGCAAGCUCUGCUCCACCUCCGUCUCAACCACAAAACGCCACAAACUGGAUCCAGUUUUGAGUCGUCGAUCGUCGACCGUGACCUGCAUCUCACCUGCAUCUGUGUCCGUAGCUUCCUGUGCAUCACACUGAGUGUAACUCCCACACACUGAACCCAAAGCAGAGACAUGACACACCCACAGAGCUGUAGAAUCACUUCACUCAGAGAGAGUGAAGCAUUAAUGCGUUAAAGCCAUCACUCUAUAUGCGCCAUCUCAAUGAUAUUUAAGGGCUAUGCGUGAUGUCCCGAGUAGCAGGUGUUCCUCUUUCAUGUGUCUGCAUCUCCUCCCCAGUAGGUGGCUCCUACUGCGAGCAGAGCUUCAUUUUUGAUCUGGAAUGUUUUUGUCCCCCUGCAGGCACUGCAGAGCACUACAUCAACACACCUUUGCUUUCUGCAUCCUGCUGUGAAUCACAUGUAAAGAGCAACACAGCAAAGAUUAAGUGAAGGCUGCAGGAGACAAAUUAAAAAAAGAAAAUACGAUGAUUUCUGUACUGGAACAUAAAUCUUAAUUCUGUAAAUUAUUCAUUUUUGCAGCAGUGAUCUGAGUAGUUGUAAUGUUGAUCCUAAAAACAAAGGAACAGUUGAUGAAGCAUCAUGAUGAUCAAGGUCAGAAGGAGUUUAUUUUCCUCCUAAUAAGAUGAUAAAUUUACUCUGAAGUGGAGUUUAAGUUACUCUCUCCUUUUCACAUUGUGAAAUGUGGAGCAUUACAGCGUUGUCAUCAGGGUGGAUGCAGUUACAUUGCUCAAAAUUCUCACGUGUAUGUCAGCAUUCACAUUUAACAACUUCAGCUCAUAUUGGGUUUGAUUAGAAAUUGAUAAUACAGGUGAAUUUGUACAUGAAUCUCCAGACGUGAGGCACAAGUUUAAUUGCUAUUAUCCAAAUUUCCUGAAUAAAUCUUUACAGGAAUCAAUAAUCUUCUAAAUUAUUCACGUGUUUGCAGAAUUAGUGAAUCUGAAAUAGUUGGAUGAGAUGCUGAUGUUACAAUAUGUGAGUGAUGAAUACAUUAACAGUUUUCUUUCUGGUGUAUUAAAUGUAAAAAUGUAUGUUUACAUUAUGAAAUCAUGUUUGUUUACUUCUGGGUGCUUCUGAUUAGCUAAUAUAUUUGCAAAUCAGAAAAUCAGCUGCCAAAUCCAGACUAUCACUAUUUUCACAUAUUUUGCUGCAUGUUUAAAGAACUAAAUAAGCUAAGAAGGAUUAAAUAUUUGCAUGUCCUACUCAGUUUCUAUCAAACUGGAGGCAGAAAAAUUAAAAUUGCUCAAAUACGAAGUGGGCUAUUUUUUUCACCCCAAGUAAUUUUCUUGACCUUGAAUUAACCGACACAUAAUCAAGUCUGGUUAAAAUGAAUCAGAGCAGAAAUGUAGGACUUAUUAUCAGACAUUUCUAUUUUUUAUUUUAUUUUUAUUUUAGAGGGGAAACUGCUGUGAGAGAGGUCAGCCCAAAGCUUAGCUUCACUUUCUAUAUUAAACAUGCAGUAAUCAUUUAUAUCAACUGGAUUUAAAGGUUUAGAGGAAAAUGUUUGGUGCACAGACACAAUAUUAUUGGAAAUGAGAAAACAAACUGACAGUUUCUUUGUGCAGUGGAAGAAGUCUGAGUGCUCCAGAUUUUCACUUGCAGUUUUCACAGCCCGCUGGUUUCUGUUAAUGAAACAACCAUGAAGAGUUUUCCACAUGUGCUGCAGUUUACCUGCAAAGACGGCCGUGUGGUGAACUCAUCAUUAUGGAAAUGAGAAUAAAUCUGGCAGAUUUGAAGAAUCUCCACAUGAGUCCCAAACAGUGGUGACUGUACGAGGUUUGAUGGUCUGUGGAUAAUGUCUGGAAAUUAGAGAAACGGUUUGAUAAUUUGGGAAAUCUACCAUUUGACUUCUUUGCUGAGAGUUAGAUGAGAAGGUUGAUUCUCAUGAAUUUGAAGCAGGUGGUUAGCUUAGCUUAACGAUGAAAGAAAUCUGAGACACCUGGCUGUGACAGAGUCCACCUCUAAUACCUCUAAAGGAGACUGAUGAACACACUAUAUUGUGUUAAAUAUUAUUGAGUUUUCUUAAAUAAAGUGGCAAUCCUUUUGUGGCCUAUUUAAAAUGAAAUGCUCCUUUCAUUGAAGUGAUCUGUUUGCUGUAAGAGAUUCGAACACAUCAGUCUCAGGAUUUGUGGCGGGGAAAAACAAAACAAAAUGAUUGUGUUAAAUCAUCUGAUGAAUGUUUAAUGGCAGCAAAUGAAAUGUUAAUCUUUGUGCUAAGAAGGCUUUGGGUGAUUGUGAACAUGUCUGACAUAAAACAUGCCUUGACUGUGAAUAUGUCUGCAUAGUAUCGCUGUGAUCAGAUCACAUGAGCUGUGUUUAAUUGGCAUUAAGACACAGGGCUGACUGAUAUAUGUUGACGUGUGUGUUGUUUACAUUGCUCGCAUCGCUGGCUAAGAUUUAAAAAUGUCUCCCACUUCUCAUUCAUUCCACUUUGGCUGUAAAAUCACUGAACUAACCCUUUUGAUUUAUGACCAACUUAAUGAGAAAGAGGCAAUAAAUCCUUUAAAAGGA